AAAGUGGGUGGUGGACUGGUGGUCCAUAACAGUACUGUUCUACCUAUGAAGACUGAAACUUAACUUUAUCAUCCAAGAAAUUGUAUUUUUUUCCCGCUCGUCUGAAGUAAAAUACGACUCCCAAAAGGGACUAGGUCUGUUCGUACACCCCCAAUUCAUCGAAUGGACUCGCCUUGGCACGUCAGCAGCUAAAAUGGCGUCCACUGGUUCGGUUGUCGGCGGUAUCGUCUCUGUUUUGGUCGUAGUCGCCGCUCUUUACUAUGUACGACAACCACCUGAUGCAAUACUACGGGACAGGCUGGAGAAAGUCCUCCUGUCCCUUCUGAAGGCAGAGAAGAAGGCGAGCCUGGCGUCCAAGCCGCGGGUGGCGGUGGGGCUCGGGGCCUGCCAGGACGCCUUCGUCGACGGACUGGAGCUAUUUGACAGGUACAAUCUGACCCCUCCAGCCCUGAGUGCCCACUAUGACUCCAUCCAUGACCACCAGGAGCUGGCACAGAUGUUUGCCUACUUCUUCAACCAUGGAGCUGCUGCAGAAAGGUACAUGGACAACAUCACUCUGUUUCGAGACCUCAUGGACAUUGUUUACAAAAUGCCAAAUGCUAGGUUCGAGCUGGGUGGAAACGCACCUGUCAUGGCAAACAGGUUUGCUGCUGAAGGUUGCAAUGUUCUUCUGGGGGCACAUCUUAGCACCGGUCUUAAAGAAGUGAUGAGGGAAGGAAUUACAGUUACUGGUGAUGAAAUAGAAGAAGAUGACAUCCACUUGAUCUUAGAGUACCCACGGCAGAGUAGCUGGGGGAAAUACAUUUCACCAAGGGCUAACAGAUUCAUUAUCCACAGUGACAGGAACAACCCAAGCCUCAACUCUCUGGAGAGCUUCAGUGGGAUGCUGAGGGACUUCAAUCCUUCCCUGGUAGUGGUAGGAGGGAUACAGAUGAUGGACAACUUCCCAUUCUCAGCAGGUGAGCGUGAAUCCAGGCUGAGACUCCUGCAGCAGAUGUUGGUGUCCAUCCCUGCAGAGCAGAAGACACACUUUGAGUUGGCCUCCUUCACGGAGCAGGCACUGUUUGAGGAGGUGCUGAGGUACAUCGUUCCCUACAUGGACUCCCUGGGCAUGAAUGAACAGGAACUACCCAACCUCUACAGCAUGCUGCACGGCGGGAAAAUCACGCUCAUCUCGGACCCGGUGCCCCGUGUUGCCACCGUGCUGGACCACAUGAGGAAGGUCUGGGCAACACUUCAAAAGGCUGAUACUGGCGGGUCAAAACGUCGCCUGUCUCGCCUGCACGUUCAUACGCUCGCUUUCCAGGCAAUCAUGACAAAGAAAGACUCUGGUUGGAAAAACACCAUGUCUGCCGCAGCCAAGGCAUCUCUAACAGCCAACAGGCAUGUGUGCGGGUCCCCAAAGAUCGAUCUAGGGAAGGCCACAGUACUCAUGGACGACUCCUUCUCCACCAGUCGGAAGGAGGGGAGCUCUAGGAUCCCUUUUAAAGAAAACCGACCAGUGUCCUGCUGGGAGGAACAUGAUUAUGAGAUCUGCAUUGCACCUGUGCUGGUGUGCACAGAGGUGCGACAGACUGCAGGGGGAGGGGAUAACAUCUCGUCUGCCGGCCUUGUUCUGCAGAUCUAGCUCCCUCUUUUUAUGGGAAUCCCUUGGGAUCAGAAUGAUCAACUCCAAAAUUAUCAACAUUCUUGUGAUCUCAAUAAUGGCAUACGAUUUUGACAAUCAUUCAUUUCUUUAUCAGCACACAAAACAAACUGCCUAGCUUUCUCCAUUGUGGAAUAUGUUUUAACUUUAAAAAAUAUUCAACUGUGCAACAUUGUCAUUCAUGCCAGUAUGGACUUCUUUUUGUGUUUUGUUCUGUGUUAUCUAGAAGUUGUCUUAUAAACUUACAGACUUAAAGACAUUUGUGUCACAAACAUGAUUUGGAUGUUUUUAGCUCUGAUGUUUAAGAGAACAACAGUCAUACUGUGACUUGUGUUUUAGAAGAGCAAACAAACAUUUUAAGCAAGCAUUACAAAAGUGUGAGUUUGUAUUGUAUCACUGCAAUGCAAUCUACAAUAUUGUAGACUACAGAUAGUGCAAUGUAGACCUUAUUGUUAGACAGAGCAUAACUAUCGUGGAACUUUACUUUUAGUAACAAUGAUAUGAUUCACUUAUCUUAGUGCAUAAUGGAGACAGGUGAAAGUAGAUGUCUCAUAUUGUAGGGGCUAAUUUGGCCCCAUUUAGGGCUGUUGAGUACUUCAGAUCUCCAAAUUGAAAGAUGUAUAGUUAUACCAUUACCGUUAUAAUUACAGUGUGUGUACAGAAUAAGAAUUAUAUGUUUCACUUUUGCACACCUUCCCAUGCAAGGCUGAUCCUGUGGCAUACACACAUUUCUCUUGGUUUCACCCCUGGUUAUGAAUAUUAAUAAGCUUACCUGCCGUAGCCAGCCAAUCAGCACCCAGAUUGCAAAUUUUGAACAUAUAGAAAACAAACAGAAUGUGGUGCUUCUUGCGCAAAGAUCUGUUUAUUUUUGCACAAUGAUGAUAGUCUGUUUGUAUGUUCAGUAAGCAUUUGGUGGAAAGAAUUGUGAAACACUAUGCUGGUACUGUUCGUCUUGUUCGUCUUGGAAUAUUUAUGAAGGCGCCUUAUAUAGCACUUUUGAACAACACAAAAGGCAUUUAUCUGAUUGGCUGCCAGUGCCAGUUGGUUAGUGGCCAUGCCCCUGAUAGUCUGAAUCUGAGGCUGGUUUGGCAGGAGUGAUACUAAGGCAUUUGUGUAUGCCGUGGGAUCAGCCCAGCGUGGAAAGGCACUUUUGCAGGGAGUAAUCUAGAUACAUAGCUGUCCUGUUUUUCAAGUCUCCCAAAUGAAACAGGGUUGCAACUUGCAAAACCAAAAGAAGUAGAGUGGAACUUUAUUGCAAUAUCAUAGAAGUUGAGUGGAACUUAAGGUUCUGGAAACGCAAACGCGAUUUUGUGGGAUUUCUCCUUGCUGUUGAGCUGGAAUUUUCAGCAAGUUGUUAUAACAGCAAUAAACUGCUUCCUAAGCAUGACUUAAGUAUCAAUGGUCCGAGGUAUGGUGUCUUUAUUAUAAAUUUUAGUCAAACCCUACUUGAAGCAACACUUCCAGGUUGUGCAUCUCCAGUCUGUUUCCAAACAUUGUUUUUCUAUCUCUUGCUCCAGUUCUUGUGCAAUUCUCCCGUUCUGUGUCUAGUUCCUUCAUCAUCAUCGUCGCGGGCUGUUCCUUCAAGUGUCCCAUUUUGUUGGUUUUCUCUGUAAAGGGUAAAAAAGAAGCUUUUAUACUUUUUAACUAUUGAAUGAUUACACUAACAACAAUGUAAAUGAUCUCCAAUACAAUGCUCAGUAGCCCUUGAAAUUUUGAUUUGUACUGUACUAUCAUGCUACAAUUACAAUAAAGAAAUAAUGCUACAAUAAAACAAUAGAC